AUGAUAAAAGAAUGGAAAGACAUUCCAAGCCAGGUGAAAUUCCUGUUUAUGUAUACCACAAUGGCAAUUCUGGGUAAUUAUACGAGAAGUGCUAUCCAAUCGCUAUCUGAGUAUGGACCUUCAUAUAUAUCACCAGGUUCGGUACUGUGGCCUAACUGCGUUGCUUGUAUUUUGAUGGGUAUGUUACAAGAUAUGAAUGCUAUGAAGUGGUUCGAAGAAGAACCAGAGCUUUUCGUUGCAUUGACUACAGGCUACUGCGGGUCAGUAUCUUCAUAUUCUACACUGUUGCUAGAAACAUUUGAACAUUCAACAAGUUUGACAGGCUCGAAUAUCAAAUCUCAUACAAAAUUACCAAACAGAGCAUAUGGUAUUAUGGAAUUCUUAUCAGUUUUGAUCACUCAACUAUUUGUGUCGAUGUCAAGUUUAUUGUUUGGUAAAAAUAUAGCCACGAAUGUACUAGCCUUAUAUACUGAUCCAGCACAAAAAUCGUCAGAUACGCCUGAAACCACUGAAAAUCUAGAUAAAAAAGAAGAAGACAAUAAUGAUAACCGAAUGAAGCCUCAUCCUUUUUAUAGAAAAUCCAUAACUAUCUUAGCAUAUAUAACGUUCACAUUGGCUCUUCCAUUCCUUGCAUUAAUUGUGGUAUUAUCAGGUGUCUAUGGAAAUUAUUCAAGAGGUAAAUGGACAUUACCAGCUCUGUUUGGUAUUAUUGGGGCGUUUGAAAGGUUUUAUUUAUCUAAGUAUUUCAAUUCUGUUUGGAAAUCGUUACCCUUAGGGACAUUCUUAGCAAACCAAUUUGCUGUUGUUAUUAUAUGCAUACUAACUCUAGUUCAAAGAGGUAGAAAAUCAGACGGCUCGGAUAUUCCUAUCGUCUCUUCCAUCAAUGCAUGUCAUGUUGUGAGUGGUCUAGUGACAGGUUACUGUGGUAGUUUGAGCACCAUUAGUACGUUUAUCAAUGAAGGUUUUAAAUUGCCGUUUAUCGAAAUGAUCAAUUAUUUUACUUGUAGCAUAGCCGUAUCAUACAUCUUUUGUGUUAUCAUUUUAGGUUCUUAUGCUUGGUCAAAGGGUCUCGUAGUACCUAUAUGCUAA